CGAGUACAGUCAAACCAGCUCUGGUUCAGCCUCCACUACGUGCAGCGAUAAGAUGUCGUAUGCAGCGAGGAAGCUCAUUUACUGGGAAUCAUAAAGGGCGGCUUCGCUCCGAGCUGAAGUGAAAACGAAGGAAUUUGACGAACUUUUGUCUCCUUAAGGGCUGACAGUCAUGCAGACUCUGCGUGACAAGAAGGUCUUCUUCAUCGACACUCUGUCUGCAGAUGCCAGCUUUGUCUUGCAGCAUGCCGAGCAGAAUAAAAUCAUCACCAAGCGGGAGUACAACAACCUUAACCACCCUAACCACACCCAGGAGAACAUCAUCAUUAAUCUUCUGGACAAGGUGAUGAACAAGGGGGAUGAAACAUGUCUCAGAUUCCUACAACUACUACAGCAUGAACAGCUGCAGGACAAUUUCCCUGGGCUUAAGGGGCAUUUCAGACCUCCACAACCAGCACUAAACGAAGAUAAUCGAGAUCCAGAGGAUGAGAUAGGUGAAUACAAGAUGUCCAGCGUUCCACGUGGUCUGUGUCUGAUCAUCAACAAUAUUAAAUUUGAUCCCCCCUUUAAAGACAGGAAGGGAUCUGAUGUAGAUGAAGAGUCUCUUAAAGAGGUGUUCUGCUGGCUGGGGUUCACUGUAGAGGUGCACAGAGACAAAACUGCAGAGCAGAUGAAAGACAUCCUGAAGCAGUUCAGUCAGAAGGACCAUAAAGGUGACUGUUUCGUUUGCUGCAUCCUGAGCCAUGGUUGUACUGAAGGGGUGCACGGCACUGAUGGACGUGUCGUCUGCAGUGAGGACAUGUUCCCUCCAUUCAGAGGAACCUCCUGCCGAAGCCUGGCCGGUAAACCAAAAGUGUUCUUCAUCCAGGCCUGCCGUGGGGAUGACUAUCAGCUCCCAGUUGAAGUCCAGGCUGAUAACCUUGAAGGAGAUGAAGCAGCAGAAGAAGCAGUGUUGGAAACGGAUGUUGUUGAGAUGUUCACCAUCCCAGAUGAUGCAGAUUUCUUUGUGGCGAGGUCAACCGUUAAAGGCUUCUACUCAUUCAGGAACAUACUUUCAGGCUCCUGGUUCAUCCAGUCUUUGUGUAAGCAGCUGAAAACGUACUGUCCAAAGUGUGAGGACGUCCAGUCUAUCCUGCUCUGUGUGAAUCAGGAAGUCAGUUUGACAGCUGGUAAAGUGAUGAUCAAAUGUAGGAUGGUCACAGCCAAACAGAUGCCAGUCCAGAAAGUGACCUUGAGGAAGAAGUUGGUGUUCCGGGUGCCCAGCUAGAACAACAGUGUGCCACAGUAGGACCGGUUUAUAAUAGGCAUCCAAUGCUGUUCUGGACCAGACCAUGCGGAGGAGAUUGGGGAGGGUUAUAUGCUAUACCUUUCAAACUUUUAAAAACAGUCAUAUGCAAAAGUUUGAGCACCCCUGUUCAAACUACAUGUUUUUGUUGAUUUUCUAAGUGAAAGUCAGUUCAUAUUCUCUACAGUGAACGCACUUCUGCACACUGCAAUACAGAAUUACUGUUUAUUUACUGAAUUUAACAUAUUGGGAUAAAAACAGAUAAAAUGUAGCCUAUGUAAAGGUUAUUUUAUGGUUUAUUUUUUCCAGUCUGAUAAAUUCAGCAAAUAGAAAUUGAAAUUUGCAGAAAACGCCUUAUUAUUAUCAUUUAAGAUUAUUUGCAGAGAACAUGUUAACAUGUUUGUCACUCAGAAAAUCAACAAAACACUUUUUUUUUGUAAUUUUAAGUGUCAAGGUUGGUAUAACUUUAAGCCAUGUCUGAACAUUUAAGCGAGUACUCUCAUGCUGACUUCCUUUAGUUUUUACUUAAUAAUGCAAAAAAAAACAAAACAAAACUAUGAGCAUUACACCGUAAAUGUGUAAGAUUAUUUAAAGAGAUUUUUCAUGAAGAGAAUUCUUUAAAAACUUUUUUCAUUGUUUUACACUUUUACACAAAAUUUGUCUUAAUUGAAGCCAGCAAACUAAACACGCAUGAAAACUAGUGCUAAACCUUGUUAAAUAUCUGCUGCCAGCAACUUCACAAAUCAGAGCUGUAGAUGUGAAAAAAGGCAUUACUUUGUAUAUGAAGGAAAAGGAUAAAACCUACAGACCUCACAGCACCAGCAACACUAUAGAGACAUUUUUUAAUCUGUGUGUUGUUCAGGUCUGUGGGACCCAUUUUCAGUUCACCAAAAAAGAAAAAAUGAAGUGAUUUAUUAUUAUUUCAAAGUCAGAUUUCUUGGUCUUUCUUCAUUUUCUGUGAAGAACAUAUAAAAUAACACUUUUCCAGUGCCUUUUUUUUCAGU